AUGCGAUGUGUGGGGCUUUUGCUACUCGUCUCCUUUUCAGUGUGUCUGGCUGCCAGGGGGCACUAUGCUCAGCAGUUGUUCAGAGACCUGUUUGUGAACUACACUAGUGCUCUGCGUCCAGUGGAAAACACAGAGCAGGCCAUCAACGUGACUCUGCAGGUCACUCUGUCCCAGAUCAUUGACAUGGAUGAGAGGAACCAGAUCUUGACCCUGUACCUCUGGGUUCGUCAGGUCUGGAUGGACUCGUUCUUGACUUGGUCCAAAGACGACUAUGACGGUCUAGAGUCCAUCCGCCUCCCGAGUCGCUAUGUGUGGAAACCAGACAUAGUGUUGUACAACAGUGCAGACGAUGAGUUCUCCAGUUCCAUAGAGACGAACGUGGCCCUGCGCAGUGACGGUCAGCUGACCUGGGACCAGCCGUCCAUCACAAAGUCCUCCUGCUCCGUGGACGUGGCCUUCUUCCCCUUUGACCUUCAGCAGUGCGUCCUGACCUUUGGCUCCUGGACCCACAACGGGAACCAGAUGGACCUGAACAUCGAGCUGGACUCUGCUGAAAUGGCAGACCUGGUGCCCAACGUGGAGUGGCAGGUCUUGGGCAUGCCUGCGAAGAAGAACGUGAUCCUGUAUGGGUGCUGCUCGGACCCGUACCCGGACAUCACCUUCACGCUGCAGCUCAAGCGCAGAGCCUCCUUCUACAUCUUCAACCUGCUGCUCCCCUGCAUGAUGAUCUCCUUCCUGGCCCCGCUCGGGUUCUACCUGCCGGCCGAGAGCGGGGAGAAGGUGUCCCUGGGCGUCACGGUGCUCCUGGCCCUCACCGUGUUCCAGCUGCUGGUGGCCGAGAGCAUGCCGCCCUCCGAGAGUGUCCCCCUGAUCGGUAAAUACUACAUUGCGACGAUGACGAUGGUGACGGCCUCCACCGCUCUGACCAUCUUCAUCAUGAACCUUCAUCACUGUGGACCCGAGGCCAGACCAGUUCCAGGCUGGGUCCGAGUCUUGGUGCUGCAGUACCUGAACCGGGUCUGCCUGGUCUACGACCUGGGAGAGACCUGCGCGCAACCAGAGGACCAGGCUGCAGGGGGCGCUAACACGUCGCUGUCAGAUGAAGAAUCUUCCAAACAUUCUGAUGAGGUCCUGCUAACGGUGGAGUCGGCCAUUUUACAGAAUGGAGGACGGAGCAGAGAGCGAGCGCAAGAAGAAGCAAAUGAGGAUCAAAGUUCAGAGAACAAGAUGUCUGGUGUAGAGAUGCAUGGCGAGGAGAGACUUCAAAAUGGCGGCAGUUCAGUUCCGAGCGGCGUGGAGGGUUUGUCCGGUCGCAGAAAGAGCGUGGACUGUGUAGACAAACAGAAGGAAGCCCCCGCGAGCUGCUGUCACUGCGGCCGCCAUCUUUGUCCUGGUAUCCGUGGGUAUGCACCGCUGGACCGUCUCCGUGGCGACGUGAGCUCCAUCGCCGACACGUUCCAAGAGCAGAGAGAGGCCCAGGCCCUGAUGACGGACUGGAGGCGGGUCGGCCGCGUCCUGGACCGAGGCCUCAUGUGGCUCUUCUUCAUCAUGGUCUUCAUCAUGAGUGUGCUGAUCCUGGGCAAGAGCAUCUGA